UGCAGUUCAGUGGUUGAUAAUUGAUCAUAGCAGGAAAAAUAAUAGAACGUAGGAGAGCAGAGUAAAACCAGGGAAGAGCAUAGAAAUGGAAGGAGUCAAUAGUUAUUGAACGCCUGCCAUUCGUAAGGCACAGCUUCUGGCCCCAAAAGGCCACAGGGAGCUCCCCGUCAGAGAGGCGUGAAAGCGUGUGAAUGGUUGUCACCCAAGAUGGAAUCCAACCACGGGCUGGCGCCCAUGCGGCUGUACACGCUCUCCAAGCGCCACUUCGUGCUCGUGUUUGUCGUCUUCUUCGUCUGUUUUGGCCUGACUGUCUUCAUCGGGAUCAGCGGACCCAAAGUGAUCCAGACUUCUGAAGCUCAUUUUUCACUAAAUAAUAGCAAAAAGUUGAAGCCAAUUCACAUACGUUCAAAUCCACUGUCUACGUACAAUCAGCAACUGUGGCUGACAUGUGUUGUUGAGUUGAAUCAAUCAAAAGAAAUGUCUACUCAGAAAAGCUUUCUCAUGACCGUUAAAGUGGAUGGCGUAGCUCGAGAUGGAACCACCAUGUUCAUUCAUAACAAAGUUCACAAUCGGACAAGGACCCUCUCGUGUAGAGAGACGUGUGCAGAAAUCAUCGUGGUGCACCUAGGCUACCUGAACUACACGCAGUACAUGGUGACGGUGGGAUUUGAGGACCUCGAUCUGCCCCUCAAGGAAGUGAACUUCACAUGGAAGACUUAUGACCCCGCAUUUUCCCAGAUGGAAAUCUGGCUCCGGUUCGCCUUUGUGGUGCUCACCUUCAUUGUCACUUGCCUGUUCGCACAUUCCCUCCGCAAGUUCUCCAUGAGGGACUGGGGCAUGGAGCACAAGUGGAUGUCCAUCCUCCUGCCUCUGCUGCUACUUUACAACGACCCGUUCUUCCCCCUCUCCUUCCUGGUGAACAGCUGGGCGCUGGGGACGCUGGACGACCUCUUCCAGUCCCUGUUCCUGUGUGCCUUGCUGCUCUUCUGGCUGUGUGUUUACCACGGGAUCCGGGUGCAGGGAGAAAGGAAGUGUUUGACCUUCUAUUUGCCUAAAUUCUGCAUUGUCGGACUCCUGUGGUUGGCUUCGGUCACACUAGGAAUAUGGCAGACAGUUAAUGAAUUGCAUGAUCCAAUGUACCAGUAUCGCGUUGACACAGGAAAUUUUCAGGGAAUGAAGGUUUUCUUCAUGGUGGUGGCUGCUGUCUACGUCCUAUACCUUUUGUUCCUGGUCGUGCGGGCCUGCUCGGAGCUGCGACACAUGCCUUACGUAGAUCUCAGAUUAAAAUUUUUGACUGCGUUGACUUUUGUAGUGCUUGUCAUUAGCAUCAUCAUCCUUUACUUACGGUUCGGAGCACAAGUGUUACAAGACAAUUUUGUAGCUGAGCUGUCAACUCACUACCAGAAUUCAGCUGAGUUCUUAUCUUUCUAUGGCUUGUUGAACUUUUACCUCUACACACUCGCCUUCGUGUACUCUCCAUCGAAGACCGCCCUGUACGAGUCGCAGCUGAAAGACAACCCUGCCUUCUCCAUGCUCAACGACUCGGACGACGAUGUCAUCUACGGGAGUGACUAUGAAGAGAUGCCCCUGCAGAACGGCCAGGCCAUUCGGGCCCAGUACAAGGAGGAGUCUGAGAGCGACUGAGCCCCUGGGAGGGCAGACGUGGGAGCCUGUCCUGCAGUGGCCUCCUGCCCUCCCUCACCUGCCUGUGUGCGACUUGUCUUCUAGCAGAGAUUUCCGGGUCCUUAUUUGUUUACAUACUUUUUAGAGGAAAACCAAAACUGAGGACCAAGUUUAAUGUUGAGCCAAAUUUAUUGUUAGGGUGGCUGCAUUUAUUUGGGAAGAGAGGCGCUGACGCAGCCAAAUUCUUUUUCAGAGAUUUCAGAUGAGCGAGAGCUUGUCCUCAGUGGUAGGAAGGGAGUGACUCCUGUUCUUAGUAGAGAGAAUUAUGUACUUACUUUAAGAUGAUUUACUAAUCCCACGUUGGUGGGGAGCUCUUCUGAAGGCCCACCGCAUGGCAGCGUUCCCUCCCCCUGCCCAUGGUGCGUUUUCUGACUGAACUCCAGGGAAGCCUGUGUGCACGCUGCCUCUGGGGGGCAGUCCCUCCCCAGUGAGUGGCUGGUGCUCUCCCAGGACGGCAGCUCCUGUUAAUGUGAAAUAGGAAGUAAUAGCUCAGGAGGGGAAGGUGGGUGGCAGGUCCCGCCCUUCACCCACCAGGGCAGAACGGUGUUGGGACGUGGGGCGUUCGAGGAGGGUUUGAUAGGGUUUCCAAGGGAAGAGCAGGUAACUGACAAGUUGCGGCUCUAGUGGGAAAGGUCUGGCUGCCAUAGGUCUCCCAGGGGUUGUGUGCAUAUGUGUGCAUUUGUAUGUAUGAUGGUCACAUCCAUGGAUCUGGAGGGAUGGCCCUGUGGUGGGGGCAGGAAGAGGUGUCCAUUCAAGUCCAAGGAACAGCACUUUCUGCAGCUCUGCUAUGAGGACACCCAGUAGAACUUUAUUUUUUUAAUAAAAGCUAAACAAAUGAUUGACAUGUGACAUUUCAAUGGCUCCUCACUUCUUUACUGCCCAAAAGCUUUUUAGUUUCUUAUUUGGAACUAGAUGAAAGGAAGUAAAGCAUUUUGGAUGGUUUAUGGAAGAACCUCUUUGGAUAGAAGGUAACUUGUUGGGAAUGUCUCGCCUGGCGGUCAGUCCCCUGGCGGCCGCCGUUCCUGUCCCACCAAGCACCCUGGUGGACACCCCUUGCUUCUGCUGUGAGAUGCUCGGAAAGGCCUCCAACUGCUAACAAGCCCUUGGCAGACACCGAUUGGCCUGGCAGAUGCAGAGGUUGGGUGUGGCUGUUCGCUGUGCAGACAGGUCCUGCACAUCCUUCCCCCGUGCAUGAACUCUCAGCUCACCUCACGCUCACCUCCUGCCCGGAGAGGGUCAGGAGUCCCGCCUAGAGGUCAGGAGGGACUGCUCAUCACUUCAGACCUUCCUUUUUAAUUUAAACAUCAGUGAUAAAAUACCUUUAAUAUGGAUUCCAUUUAUGUUUUUAAAGCUCUGUAAAUAUGAACGUUUGGAUUACAACUGUAUUACUGCAAGGGUAAUUCAGGUUUACAUGGUUUUUUAUAUUUGCAAUGGUGUGUUACAUUUUUUUAUUCUGUGUGCUCAGAAAUGUUGGGAAAAAUUUUGUUACCAAAUUUUACAACCUCUAUUAAGACUAACUAUAAAUAAUGUUAUGUAAAUUGACAAUACUUACCUGUGUUAAUAAAUGUAUCUGAGUAUGUGA